AUCCGCUUGCGGCGGAUUAUUGUAAUCCGACAGAGUCUGGUCGACACAUAGGAUCACGAUAGAAAAACCAAAGCGCAGCGGCCUGUAACAGAUGCAGCUCGUCCGUGAAUAAAAGGAUAAAGUUAGGAUAUGAUCUGAGGCGCGGCGCGGAACUACUGGAGCCGGUGAUUGGCGCUGCUCUGGCCGCUUCCUGGACCAUCUAUUCAUCCGACACAGAGAAGGUGACAGCGGCUGGGCUGCACCGCAGAGCACUGUGCGCUGGAAAGGCUUGAAUUUGCUGGAUACAGACACCUCCUCCCUCCCUCCCUUUCUCCCUUCCCGUGUCAGGGUUCACUCCAGCUCAGCCUGGUGGAAGCCAAGUCUAGUUGCCCUGCCCGCUCUGCUCCAAGCCACACCGCUAGCUAGCGCGGCUAGCUCACCCAAGCUAGUCUGCUAGCUAGUUAGGAUUUUUUUUUUUUUUUGUCGAGUUUGGUUCGGAAUUCAGGUCCUUCUCUGCCCGCAGCCCACAGGGAGGGAGGAUGUCGGCCAAAGACCAAAACAAACUCUCCACCGUAGAACGGCCCGUCAAAGCGGUGCCGUAUCCUCCCGGUACACGCCUCUCGGUCAAAGAGCUGUAUGCAAAUGGAAAGCCCGACCUGGAGCAGCUGAAGGCCCAUCUAGUGAAGGAGGGUCGGCUGGAGGAAGAGGCAGCCCUGCGGAUCAUCAACGAGGGGGCCAGCAUCCUGCGCCAGGAGAAAUGCAUGCUGGAGGUGGAAGCUCCCAUCACAGUAUGUGGAGAUGUCCACGGCCAGUUUUUUGACUUAAUGAAGCUUUUUGAGGUGGGCGGGUCCCCCAGCAGCACCCGCUACCUAUUCCUUGGAGACUACGUGGACCGAGGGUACUUCAGCAUCGAGUGUGUACUGUACCUGUGGGCUUUGAAGAUCAACUACCCCAACACCCUGUUCCUCCUGAGAGGGAACCACGAGUGCCGACAUCUCACAGAGUACUUCACUUUCAAACAGGAGUGUAAAAUAAAGUACUCUGAACAUGUAUACGAUGCCUGUAUGGAAGCGUUCGACUGCCUGCCUCUGGCUGCUCUCCUCAACCAGCAGUUCCUCUGCGUCCACGGAGGUCUGAGCCCUGAAAUCACCUGCCUGGAUGACAUCCGCAAGCUGGACCGGUUUAAGGAGCCUCCUGCGUUCGGGCCGAUGUGCGACCUGCUCUGGUCAGAUCCGGGAGAGGACUACGGCUCAGAAAAGACCCAGGAACAUUUCUGCCACAACAGCGUGCGAGGCUGCUCUUAUUUCUACAGUUACCCAGCAGUAUGUGACUUCCUGAUGAACAAUAACCUGUUGUCUGUAAUACGAGCACAUGAAGCCCAGGAUGCAGGGUAUCGAAUGUACAGGAAAAGUCAAACGACAGGCUUCCCAUCUUUAAUUACAAUCUUCUCUGCUCCCAACUACCUAGAUGUGUACAAUAAUAAAGCUGCGGUGCUGAAAUAUGAGAACAAUGUGAUGAACAUCCGGCAGUUUAACUGCUCCCCCCACCCUUACUGGCUGCCCAACUUCAUGGACGUCUUCACCUGGUCCCUGCCCUUCGUUGGGGAAAAAGUGACUGAGAUGCUGGUGAACGUCCUGAACAUCUGCUCUGACGACGAGCUGAUGUCUGAGGGAGACGACACGUGCGAGGGUGGAGCUCCAGCUGCCAGGAAGGAGGUGAUCAGAAAUAAGAUCCGGGCAAUUGGAAAGAUGGCCCGUGUCUUCUCUGUGCUCAGAGAGGAGAAUGAGAGUGUGCUGCAGCUGAAGGGACUGACCCCGACGGGAACACUUCCUCUGGGAGUUCUGUCUGGAGGUCGACGGACCCUUCAGACCGCCACCGUAGAGGCAGAAGAGGCACGAGCCAUUCAAGGCUUCAACCCGCAGCACAAGAUCCAGAGCUUCGAGGAGGCCCGAGGCCUGGACCUGAUCAACGAGAGGAUGCCCCCGCGUCGCGACAGCAAGCAGUACGAGGCGCCCCCCUCCGUCAACAACCUGCCGGCCAGCACCGGACCCCCGGACAACAACGGCACCAACGCUCAGGCCUAGUUCCUCCCCCCUCUACCACCCCCCCCCUUCUUUUGCCUUUCCUCCUCCUCUUCUCCUCCUCCUCCUCCUCUCCCGCUUCCUUUCCUUCACCUCCGUCCUCUGGAGGACGAGGCCGUUCAGUCCGAACGCUUAUUUAUUUCAUCAUCGAGUAAAUAUCCGAGUUUCAGACUGAACAGAGAGAAUCUGAACGUGAGCAGAACUCCAGGCUGCUGGUGCUCCCUCCACACCUGUGUGCCAGCUUUCUGUCCGCUUCUUUUUCUGUUCACAUUUGGGGAGGAAGUGAUGCUCGUUCAUUUGCUGUUUUUGUGCCCACAAACACACACAUGCUCUUACGCACACACACACACACACACACACACACACACACACACACACACACUCUUACUCUCAUCCUUUUCUUAUGCCAAUGAUAGUGUGACUGAGCUCUAUGGAGCAAGUAUUGACAUGUAUACUAUAUAUGUAUAUUUUAACUGUUCCCUCUUCAAAGUGAUGUUUGUUUCUUUUUCUUUUUUUUUUCCUUUUUUACAACACAUAGUCUAUCAAUAGCUUGGUGGGGGGAGGGGGCGCUAAGCAGACGCGUUUAAAGGUUAUUCCGUAUCAAUAAGACUCAGAAACCAAAAUAUAAAGAACCACUUCCUGGUUUGUUGAGUUCAAAGCAACAAGUUUUUCUUUCUUUCUUUUUUUUUUUUUUUUCUUUUCCGCCCAGGAAAAAUCCCCAGGAUGUUUGUUUGACGGCUACGAAAAAGAUUUAAUGAUGACAGAAAUGUAAAAUUUAAAAAAGCCGAAGGAAGUUUUAAAGAAACGAGUCUCCAGGUUUGGAUUCAGAAAUUCUCCCUCCCGACUCUUCAGCUUUUAUUUGACCGUCUGGUCUGAUCGUUGGUUCAGGUCUUCCAUCAGCCGAAACAGAAAUCCUGCAACAAGUCUGAUCUGUGAGCGCUCUUUAAUUCAAACAAUAAAUAUGACCUCUUUUUUUUUAUAGAAACUGGGUGUGUUUGGGAUCUGAUGGCAGUUCUUUGGUCCAUAUUUUACACUGCUGACAAAUUUAACAAAAUAAUAUUCCCUGUUGAAUUCUCUGAACAUCAGAAUAUUAAACGAAUAUGUCCAACAAUCUAGAUGAAAAUGAGUUUGAACAAUUAUUGUAAAAGUUUGAAUUUGAACCAUAAAGACAUAACUUUAAAAAGACAAAGACAUUGAGAAUAUUUUAAUUUAAUAAAAUGUAAUUUAGUGAUGUCUUUGAAAAAUCUCAUUAGUUUCAUUUUUAUAUAUUUAAAACUUAAAAAAACUACAAAGUAUUUGUUUGAAAACUUUGAGACAAUGAAUAAAGAAAAUGAAAAUAAAACAUCUGAGAAUGUUGAAAAUAAUGGACAGGGUAGAUUUUUAUUUUUUUAUUUAAUGUGCAUUAAAAAAAUAAAGUCCAGUCUAAAUUGUCACUCUUAAACUAUUCAAACCAAUAGUCUUUAACGAUAAUAAUAAAAAAGGUAAUUUAAACAAAUAUUAAAUACCCAGAUAUUAUAAUUACUGGGAUGAAAUGUGCCUAAACAAAUUAGAAAAACCUUAGAAAGCUGAAAAAAGAAAUAAAAAUUGUAAUAAUAUACUGUAGCUCCAUAAUGUUUCAGGAUUAAAAUCGGUAAAAGGUUCAAAGCAGCGAAUCAGAUCUGUUGAUUCUGUUAAAACACCAAGAAAUAAACGUUUUGAUAAAGUGGAAUAAUCCUUUAAAUGAUAAACAGUAAAUAACCAUAUAAAGCGGGGGCGGGGUUAGGGUGGGGUUUAUUCCUGGGUCUUGGAUGUGUUUCUUGUGGGAAGGGGACUCAGGUGGGUUCGUUCUGAUCAUGUGAUGCUUUACUUCGUAGGUGGAGGGCAGAUUUCAGGCCUGGUCUCUCAGAACAUAUCUCACAGAAUGUACAGAAAGCGUUUGGUUUUCUUUACAGAUAAGUUUUUUUUUGUUAUGUUUUUGUUUUUCUCUCUCAACUUCAUCAACUGUGAGGCCUCUCAUUUCUGUAGACGUUUCACUCCAUUCGAAUAAAAAACGUAAAUAAAAACUAAGAGGAAUGAAAAAAAAAAAGGAAAACUGCA